AUGGCCACCAACAACUUCAAUCCCGAUGACAGCAUCCUAUCUGGGAUUCCUAUGAUCAAGAAUUCCAUCACCAAUUUGGAGACUGCAAUUAAAGAAAAAUGCAAUGUAAUCUCAAAUAAUUUCACAACUUGCACGUUCAGCAUCCACCUGGAUACCCUCACCGCUGGUUCCCCAGAAAACGUUCUGGUUCGCCUAGAGUCUUCGAGCGAGCAUUUCACAACAGUCGCCGCCCUCCAGAAACUCGCCAGUGUACAAUUGCCUGAACUUGUACCCCAAGUCCUGGAUCUCGGUAUAACCUACACCGCCCAGGGUCAGAGACUUGAAUAUUCGGUCACUGAAUUCAUCUCGGACGCCGUCACUCUUGAGCAAGAGUGGGACAAGCUUGAUGGCUCUCAACAGAAAGAUUUAAUGAGUUCAAUUAUUACCACAAUCUCCAAGCUGCAGAGUCUCACCUUAGAUAGUGAGCAUUCCCGGGAAAUCUUGCAAGAAACUCGCUUCUACCGCGACGGAAAGAUGGCCUUGAUUGGUGGUCCGGAGCUUGGAUAUCACUCCGACAUGGCAGGAUUUCUAGCGAAACUUGCGGGUGACGCUACUCCCGCUAAAACCAAUUUCAGUGUCACAAAGACUCCCGACAGCUUCAUCGUCGACUCUGAACUGGAACAUGUCGAACGAGUCGAGUUGACUAGUUCUGACCUCGCCGAACUCGCGAAGCAAGUCGUUUUCUGCCACGAUGAUCUCGAGCCUCGUAACAUCCUCAUCAAGCGCGAUACUGGAAACACUGGAAAGUGGAAGAUAGCCGCCAUCAUCGAUUGGGAGAUGGCCGGCUUCUUUCCUUUUGCAUACGAGAGUGGUCACAAAGACGCAGUGUUGGGAUCCUCUAACCUGCACUUUAGUUACUAUACACUCUUUAAAGAACAGUCGCAGCAUUUGUUGUCUGGGGGUGAAUCAGCCAUUAAGCUUUUGGAGGCACUACGAGCGAUAGACGUGUCGAAGAAGAGUUGCCCAACAAAGAAUGUCGGUCGGCGUUUCCAGGCAAGGUGGCUGGGGAGGGAAAAGGUUGAGUUGUCUUCAGAUGUUCGACUCGGAUGGGUCCGGAAGGUAGAUGCUGGAGACGUCGGCGUCUACACAAAGCAAGAUAACAACGAUCUUGAAAUGGAAAUUCUUAAAGAAUUGGGAUAUGUCUAA